AUGACAUCCGCCCCUCCUUUUACCCCUGCUCCAGCGUUCCUCCCCAAUUCAAAUUUCAAUCCUCAAUACACAAUUGACAAAACACCGAAUGUCCAAACUAUCAAUAUCGGUUCAUGGAAGAUUGAGGCUGUCAAGAGACCGAUACUGAACGGUAAAGAGAUUGAUGCAGCAGAGAAGUCAUUGAGUUUACCUUUACCCGAAAUGACAUUUGGUAAUAACUCAUUGAGACUAUCAUAUUCCCCUUCUACCUCUUCACACCCAUCUGGAUCUAGAAUACCUUCAGCUUCAGCGUCAGAUUCGACUUCGGCUUCAAAAGAAGAGAGUCAGGUCGAAGUCGUAUUUGACAGCUUGGAGGCUUUAGCUGGAGUGGCUACUGGUGAAGGAUGGGAAGAGAGUUUUGGUGGUGGUGUUAAAGUCAGUAUGGCUGAACAGUGGAAAUCUCGGUCAUCUCCUAAUGCAUUUUCUGGGGAUUUAAAUAUACCGUCAAAACCUGUUAAACCUCAUGAUUGGACAUAUUCAACUUGUUAUGCUGGAUCAACUUCUGGACCUUCUACAUUUAGACCGUCCCCGACUCAUUCACUCCCCCUUCCUUUACUCGCCAGACAGGAUCCUGUCCUAGAUAGAAUACUGUUUUAUGAUGAUGUGCCAUUAUUUGAGGAUGAACUGCAUGAUAACGGUGAAUCGAUAUUGAAUGUCAGAAUACGAAUCAUGCCUCACUCAUUCUUCAUUCUCUCACGGCUCUUUCUGAGAGUAGAUAACGUUCUUUUCCGUAUACGUGAUGUCAGAUUGUAUCAUGCUUUGGGAAGUGAUGAGAUUGUGAGAGAAGUGGCGGGGAUGGAAGUGGGUUAUGACGAAGUGAAAAGUCACCUCGAAAGGCAAUCAGACUUGUCUCCAUUAACAGAUGUGAAUUGGGUAUAUAACCAAAUGCUUUCAAUCACUUCUCGAGGUUCAUAUCGACCCAACAUAAAUCGAUCGACGUCUUCAUCGGGUGAAUCAAAAUCAGCUAAACCAUGGCCUGGAUUAGGAAAGGUAGUUGAGGUUUUAAAAUUGCCUAAGAACGAUUUCGAAGGUAUGCGAGAGGGUUUGGAAAGUGUCAAGAUAUGA